CUUUUAUCUCAAAGUCUCUCAGGUGCGUGCGUGUAUAUAUAUACAUAUAAGAGGGCUAAAGAGAGAGCUAUAAACAUAUAUAUGACUCUUCUCUUCUUGGAUAUAACGAGUCAUUGCCAAUGGUUUUAUGGCAAUUGCAGCAACCAUGAGCCGACAAGGUGAGACCAGCAAGGAUGAUGAUCAUGAUCCCCAUGACCACGACCUCGUAAUGCCCGGCUUCCGCUUCCACCCCACCGAGGAAGAGCUCAUUGAGUUCUACCUCCGCCGUAAGGUCGAGGGCAAACGCUUCAAUGUCGAACUCAUCACUUUCCUCGAUCUCUAUCGCUACGAUCCGUGGGAACUUCCCGCCUUGGCUGCCAUUGGAGAGAAGGAAUGGUUCUUCUAUGUGCCUAGAGACCGGAAGUAUAGGAACGGGGACAGGCCGAAUCGGGUGACGACUUCUGGAUAUUGGAAGGCUACAGGAGCUGAUAGAAUGAUCAGAACUGAGAGUUCGAGGUCGAUUGGGCUGAAGAAGACCCUCGUUUUCUACUCCGGCAAGGCCCCCAGAGGCACCCGAUCUAGCUGGAUCAUGAACGAGUACCGCUUGCCACGGCAUGAAACAGAAAGAUUGCAAAAGGCAGAAAUUUCCCUCUGUCGUGUCUACAAGAGAUCUGGCAUUGAAGAUCAUUCGUCGCUCCCUCGCUCAGUAGGGACAUGGGCAUCAACAUCAAGGGCCCAAGAGGCGGAUAGAAGGCAACAAGCAGGUCCAAGCAAUCAUGCUGCCAUGGAGACAUUCCAAGCUUUUGAUGAGGCUGAGAAAAUGAGUGAAACCAGUGGGAGUAGCAGCACCGAAUUAGCUCCAAGGCCAGUCAAUCUUGGGCUUUCCAAGCAUAGUUCUUAUAUAGGAUCCUUAUCUUCGUUGUCUUCUUCUCUCCCACCGGCUUCUUCAAUGGAAGAUCAUGAAAGGGUUUUCGUUGAUGAUCUCCAUGGGCUAAUGAAUUUCCAGCAAGUUUCAAUCAAUCAUCAUCAUCAGUAUAAUCCCUCCGGCCAGUUCGCCACUUCCCAACCACAAUCAGAGUCAUCAGCUCCGGUGCAUAUGGAGCCCAGCUCACUUCAGGUUGCCGGCUUCUCCGACAGGCUCUGGGAGUGGAACUCCAUCACAGAGGGAAACAAAGACUAUACAAGCCAGUUCAAGUAAUAUCUAUAUAUGAAUUUCACAAUACAUACAUAGAUAAACUUUUCUAGGUAAUAUUACCGAUGCUGAUUCAAUUACCCAGUUAAUUUUUCUUUAAUUACCCUAAUAAAAACGUUAGCUUUUCAUAAUGGCUGAUGUGGGUAAUUUGUUUUUUGUUUAAUUGUGGGUUAGGGUUCUGGUUUUGCUAACGAUCAACCUGCUUAAACAUUUCUUAUAACUUUUUAGUCUCCAACUAUUAAGAUUUUAUGCCCCAAAAUCAAACUAAAUAUCAGUUUAUAUUGUUUA